GUUGUUGCUAGUGGCCACACACGCGUCGGGACCAUCGUCCUCAUAACCACGCGCGUCCUCACCAACCCUGCCAUCAUUCUUGUCAUCAUCAUCAUCAUCAUCGAAGCGGUGGGCUCAAGCAGCCUUGAACUCAAGAGACGGGCUCAGGCCCCGCCGAAAGGCAGCCGACCCGUCUUUCCAACCUCCCGCCAACCGCUCCCCAUGUUCCAGUCCUUGACGCCCCUCCUCCGACCUGUGCUGAUGUUGGCGUUGGCCAACUUAUGUGCCCAUGCUGCCCUGCUGCUCUACCGGCCUGGACAGCGUGGAGAACGGGGCCAGCUGGAGCUGGCGGAGGAGUACAGCGACGACCACAUGGCCCAGGGGUUCGUGCUCACCAUGCCUUUCGUGCUGCCGUGCGUGGAUUGUUCCCUUCUCCUGCUCCUCCUCCUCGUCCCCCUCCGUUUCUUAUUGCUGUGCCUCGCCCUCCUCCCCCACAUUUUGCCUCCCCGAAUCCCUCCCGCUUUUCUUAUCAAUAUAAUUGUUGUGAUUGUCCUCGUUCUGGUUUGGUUCAUCCUUGCUCCCCCUCUCGAGGACGAGGGUUUCGACUUCGAGCCCAGCCCCGUGCCCUCCAGCUUCCAGAUCGUGGCCGACAGCGCGUUCCCAGAGCUGUCCCAGUCUGCGGAUGACUCCGGCUGGCAGGUGACCGAGGCCCGCGGCGUGCUGAUCGUGAUGAAGGACAGGCUGGAGGACGCGAAGGCCCUGUACGUGGUCCAGGAGGAGGAGGAGGACGAGAGCCUCUUCGAGAGCGCGGACGGCACCAAGUGGCAGGACUUGAAGCUCAUAACGCAGGUGUUCGAGAACGUCACCAACGGCUUCUGCCCCGACUCCCAUGGCGGGGACCCUGAUUGGUUCACAGCGGAUGGUGGCGCGGAGACCUUCGUGCACAAUGGCCAUUCUGAGGCAGAGGUCAUGAAUGAGAUGUUGUCUGGCACAGGGAAGGACAUCGACUUGGGGGUCGUCUUGGUCCGCUUCGAUGGUCGUCGUGCAGGUCGUGGCUUUCAGUUUUUCUUGGAGCAUCGGUCCAUGGACGCGACCGAAGGGCUCAUCUUUGGGAUCAUGCAUACCGCCAGAUACAACUACAUCGGUGGCUUGGACGCGUAUUGGAUCAACUACGUCAAGCCGCACUUCCAUUACAUGGACCAUGUGUGGGUGAACCCCGCCUACUUCGAGAAGCGCUCCUCCUAGUCCUCCUCUCUCCUCCUCCCUACUCCACCCUAUCUUUCCCCCUCCCUCCUCUCCCCUGCUCCCUCCACCUCAUCCCUUUUUCUCCUUCCCCCAUCCUUCCUCCCCCUGUUCCCUCUUCCUCGUCCUCCUCUUUCUCCGACUACCGCGGCGACGG